AUAAAAAAAGAAAAAGUAAUUACUUACAUUUUUUCCUCAGAGUUUCAUACACCACAAUUCUUUUUAAAAAGUCAGAAUUGUGAGAUAUAAACUACAGUCAGAGCUGUGUUUUGUUUUCGUAGCAGAAAUAAGCUUCCAUAGAAAUACGUGUGUGAUUUAAUGCAAGAAUGAUCAAUUUCCUCCAAUCAGAAGCAGCCUCAGUACCUUUGACUUCAGUUUGACAGUAUUACUGCAGGACAGAUGAGCUGUGUGUCGUCCUCAUGUGCGUUUGCUUUCAUUUGAAAGAAAAAGUCUUACUUUGAUCUGUCUUAACAAUCCUAAUCCGACACUACUGACUAGAGCCGUAGUCUACCUCUAAAACACUACAGAUAGAGUCUAAUCGAUAGCGUAGGUCUCAUCAUGACGUACUAAACCAGAAUUACAGGAAAUAAUCUUCAAUCGGGUGCUGCUUUCAAACAGUUUCAUUAGAGGUCUUCAGAAACAUUUAAAUCCUCUGGACUGUCCUAAACCCUGUGAACUCAACAAGGUUGAUUUACAUCAGAUCUGCUGCGGCUUCUUGAUGUCUGAAUCCAUGAGCAGGAUAGUGAUUCUCCUUUUAAUACAUCUGACCUCAGCGCUCCAGUCUCCAGUGUUUCUGGACAGGCGUGAUGCUGUGCGUCUGCUCAGGACUCGGAGAGCAAACGUCUUCCUGGAGGAGAUGAAGCCGGGGAAUCUGGAGCGGGAGUGUUACGAGGAGCUGUGCUCUCUGGAGGAGGCGGCCGAGAUCUUCCAGAGCAAAGAGAAAACGAUGGAGUUCUGGUACAGAUAUCGGAAUGGUAACCUGUGUCGCCUUAACCCGUGUGUGAACGGAGGGAUCUGCCGUGAGAGUCGAGGUGUUCACGAGUGUCUCUGUCCUCCACAGUACAGUGGACACCACUGUCAGACAGAGGUGUUUGACUGUAGGUAUAAGAACGGAGGGUGUCUGCACUACUGCAGCUCAGAGCAGACUCCAGGUGUGGUGUGCAGAUGUGCAGACGGGUAUCAGCUGGAUGAAGACCAACGCAGCUGCAAUCCAUCAGUGCAGUACCCCUGUGGGAAACAGUGGAUUAGCGGGAUCAUGUCUCGCUCUCUGGAUGAUAUAAGCACCACAGAUCCUGAUGAUGCAAACCACACCCACACCGUGACAAACUCCUCCCACUCAUUACAUCACAACAGAAGUUCACUGGACAACUCGACUCUCCUGCCAAACCAAACCACACUUCAACAAGCCAAACCUGCUUCACAGGACGAACUCUCAGAGACAGGAAGUGACAUCACAGGUGCAAAUGAGGAUACGCGUAUCGUUGGAGGUCAGCUGCAGGGUCAGGGCGGGAGUCCGUGGCAGGUUCUUCUCCGUCGUGAGGAUGAUCAAGGGUUCUGCGGCGGCUCUCUGAUCGCUCUGCGCUGGGUGGUGACGGCAGCACACUGUCUCCAGCAAACACCAAACCAUGUGACCGUCGGAGACUACGAUAAGAUGCGUCCCGACAAAGACGAACAGAAGAUCAAAGUGGAGAAGGUGGUCCUCCACCCUCACUUCCACGAAUACACCUUCGACAGUGACAUCGCUCUGCUGUACCUGUCUGCCCCCGUGACCCCGGGUCCGUUCGCCGCUCCGGUUUGCCUUCCCGACGCCAACCUGGCAGAACGACUCCUGAAGCCCGGAGAGCAGGGCCUGGUGACGGGAUGGGGUGCGACUCGCUACCUUCAGCGCUCUUCUCGAUUCCUGAGGAAGGUGCUGCUCCCAGUGGUGGAUCAGAUGAACUGCAUCAACUCCACGGAGCAGGUGAUCACGGAUAACAUGUUCUGCGCGGGAUAUCUGAUGGCGGAGAUGGACGCGUGUACGGGCGACAGCGGCGGACCCUUCGUCGUCAACUACCGCGGCACGUGGUUCCUGGCCGGGGUCGUCAGCUGGGGCGAGAGAUGCGCGGCCGAGGGCAAAUACGGCGUUUAUACACGACUGGGAAACUAUUUAUCCUGGAUACGGGAGGAGAUGGUGAAAGAGGAAUCCAGACGCAGUCAGACUGCGAAAGUACAGUGAAUAUUGGCGCACAUUAUGCAUUAACUAAAGAUGAGCUAUUACAAGUUUUAAUUAAUGUUUGUUAAUAAAAAAAUACAUAGUUAGUUCUUGUUUUGUUGUAAAAAUAAUUUUUUUUGGAAG